UGACAAAAACCGAAUUAUUCUCAAUAUGCUUGCCUCUCUAGAAGCUUCCUACUUCACCGCCUUAAAUUAAAUUGCUUCCUUCCUUCCUUCCUUCCUUCCUUCCUAAACUAAACUAACUACAAAUUACUGAUCGCACUUUCCACUCUAUUAAUUAACCUCCAAAUUUAAGUAAUAAAACCUUUCUCAACACUCACUUUCGGAUUACAAAAUAGAAACCAUCAUCUUCUAAUUGGAACCGAAAGUGUUAGUUAAUGAAGGGAAUUACAGUCAAAGAGGAAGAAACAUUAACAUAUACAAAUGUUGGUUCAACAUCGUGUUCCUCUUCUUCAUCUUCGAGUUCAACCCUUAUUCCUAAACCAAUGGAAGGGUUACACGAUGUGGGACCUCCUCCAUUUCUCACCAAAACAUUUGAUGUUGUUGAAGAUCCUUCCACCGAUUCAAUUGUUUCAUGGAGCAUAGCUCGUAAUAGCUUCGUUGUUUGGGAUCUUCAUAAAUUCUCCACCAACAUUUUACCUCGUUACUUCAAACAUAGCAAUUUUUCAAGCUUCGUUCGACAACUCAACACCUAUGGAUUUAGAAAAGUUGAUCCUGAUAGAUGGGAAUUUGCAAAUGAAGGGUUUUUAGCAGGACAGAGGAAUUUGUUGAAAACAAUAAAGAGAAGAAGAAAUGUAACACAGUCACAUGUUAUGCAACAAGAAACUGGUGGAGGUGCUUGUGUUGAAUUAGGAGAGUAUGGUCUUGAAGGUGAGAUUGAAAGGUUGAGAAGAGACAGGACUUUGUUAAUGGCAGAAAUUAUGAAGUUGAGACAACAACAGCAUAAUUCAAGGGAUCAAUUAUCUGAUAUGGAAACUAGAUUGUUGAACACUGAGAAAAAACAUCAACAGAUGAUGAAUUUCCUUGCAAGAGCACUCAGUAAUCAAUCUUUUAUACAACAAUUGGCUAACAACAAAGAGUUGAAAGGCGUUGAAACAAAGCGAAAGAGGAGGCUCACUGCCAGCUCAAGUUUGGAGAAUUUGCAUAAUGAUUCUGUGGUGGAUUAUUGUAGUCAAGAACAACAAGAAGGGUUGACAACAAUUGAGUCUGAGAUAGAAAAUUUGUUAACUGCUUAUGAUAAUGAGUCAAGCAGUGAAAUUAAAGAGUACCCAACUUUGAGUUCAGUUGCAAAUGCUAGUGAUGAUACUGUGUGGGAGGAUUUAUUGAACCAAGAGUUGGUUGCUGGAAAUCCAGACGAUGAAGUUGUGAUCGGUGAUUUGUCUCAAAUUAAUGUGCCUUUGGAGGAUUUGGAAGAAAAGAAGGAUGAUGAUUGGACUGUGGAUUUACAGAACCUUGUUGAUCAAAUGGAUUUUCAACCUUAAGUCAAAAUGGUUGUAGAAUUUUUCAACAUCUUUUUUUGUUGUCAUCAUCAGUCUUCACUUGCACUUUGGCGCAGCAAGGGAAGGUUGUUGUUGCAGAAGAAGCCAACAAAUUGUGUAUCCUUUUUGUUCAACAACAACAUAUGUUGUGUGAAUAAUUGAAUUAUUGUUUAUGCUGAAUUAAGUUGUAGUACUUUUACUAUAUUUAAUUGUGUCGUUUUGUUUGUAACUAUAUUGUACAUUUUGCAGGCAUUACUGAAAGCAUAGCAUAUAUUCCAGAAGAUGGAAUGGGAAAAGUUGUAGCCUGCUAUUUUACUGGAUUUUCAAUUUUUUAGGAUGCAUAACAUUAAGGUUAGAUAUUGUAAAAAAAAUACAUUUAGAUUAGAUUAGACCUUAAUGCUCUGCAUCCUCAUAAGUAAAAAAAUUUACUUUUAUAUACAUUAAAUAAUAUAAUUAAGUGUAAUCAAUUGUACA